CCAUGUGACCUUAACUUGCUGUUUCUACUGCCUUAAGAGGCAUUCUAGGGAGAUUUCCUUGGCAAUUCAAGUUCUUCCUCUAGCACAGGCAAUUUGCAAAGUAUUGCCAUGAUGUGUGAGGUAAUGCCUACCAUUAGUGAGGGUGACCCCUUAGGGCCACAGCCAGGCUCUGAUUCUGAUGCCAACUUUGAACAGCUGAUGGUGAACAUGCUUGAUGAGAGGGAUAAACUACUAGAGACUCUUCGGGAAACACGUGAGACACUAUCUGUGACUCAGGGCCGGCUGCAAGAGACUUUCCAUGAACGAGACCAAUUGCAGAGACAGUUAAACUCUGCUCUACCUCAGGAAUUUGCAACAUUGACCAGGGAACUCAAUGCAUGUCGAGAACAGCUGUUGGAAAGGGAAGAGGAAAUCUCUGAGCUGAAAGCAGAACGCAAUAAUACGCGGCUUUUGUUGGAGCACUUGGAGUGCCUGGUCUCAAGGCAUGAACGCUCUCUGAGGAUGACAGUAGUAAAGCGGCAAGCUCAGUCUCCAUCAGGUGUCUCCAGUGAGGUUGAAGUUCUGAAGGCCCUGAAGUCUUUAUUUGAACAUCAUAAAGCAUUGGAUGAGAAGGUAAGAGAACGCCUGAGAGCAGCACUGGAACGAGUAGCAACACUAGAAGAACAGCUGUCCAGUGCCCACCAGCAAGUAAAUGCUCUUCAGCAAGGAUCUUCCCAAAGGGAAGCACCUGUAGGGGAAGAUGAAAAAAGGACUGAGGGCAAAGAAUCUGGACAAAAAGUGCUUUGGAAGAGACUCCCUAAUGGCUCUAUACACCCAGAUGAUGGGGCAAGUCAGAUUGUGGAAUUGCAGGAGCUUCUAGAGAAACAAAACUUUGAACUAGCACAAGCUAAAGAAAGGUUAGCUGGUCUGGCUGCCAGUGUUUCUGAGCUUGAAGAAGAUCUAAGCACAGCCAGGAGGGACCUCAUCAAAUCUGAAGAAAUGAGCAGCAAGUACCAGAGGGACCUACGAGAGGCUUUGGCACAAAAAGAAGACAUGGAGGAGAGAAUAACCACCCUAGAGAAACGCUAUCUGGCAGCCCAGAGAGAAGCAACUUCCAUUCAUGACCUUAAUGACAAGUUGGAGAAUGAGCUUGCCAAUAAAGACUCUCUCCAUCGUCAGUGUGAAGAGAAGGCCAGGCAUCUUCAGGAGCUUCUGGAGCUGGCGGAGCAGAAACUGCAGCAGACAAUGAGGAAAGCUGAGACUUUGCCUGAGGUGGAAGCUGAGCUAGCUCAAAGAAUAGCAGCUCUUACCAAGGCUGAAGAAAGGCAUGGUAGUAUUGAAGAAAGACUGCGGCAAUUAGAAACUCAGUUGGAGGAGAAGAACCAAGAACUGGGAAGGGCCCGUCAACGGGAGAAAAUGAACGAGGAACAUAACAAGAGACUCUCUGAUACUGUGGACAGGCUGUUGAGUGAAUCCAAUGAAAGACUUCAGCUUCAUCUUAAAGAAAGAAUGGCAGCCCUUGAAGAAAAGAACACAUUGUUGCAAGAAUUGGAAAAUACUCAAAAACAGAUUGAAGAGCAGCAGCAUGACAAGAGGAGACUGUCUGAUGAAAUUGACAGGUUGAGACUAGAAAUUGACCAGUUAAAGGCAAGAAGUGGACCUUUACUUGACAGUAUACAUACCAGGUCCCUUGUUGGAAGUACUCCUGAUCUCAGAUAUCCUCUGAGUACUAUGGUCCAUCCAUCCACGGACCCCUUUGCAACACCUUCUAGUCUUCAUCGGACACCAAAGAGCCGUUAUGUGGCUCUGCAGGAAGAAGCCUCCAAGGUAAAACUCCUGAAUGUCCAGGAUUGGGAGCAUGGUCCAACAAGUGGCAUCCUGAGUACUUCAGCUCACACUUUUGAUAGUGACCCGGAGAUUUCUGAUGUUGAUGAGGAUGACCAAGAGACAGUCUUCAGCUCUAUGGAUAUGCUGUCUCCCAGUGGUCAUUCUGAUGCCCAGACUCUUGCCAUGAUGCUGCAGGAACAACUGGAUGCCAUCAACGAGGAGAUUAGAAUGAUCCAAGAGGAGAAAGAAUCAACUGAACUACGGGCUGAACAGUUAGAGAGCCGUGUCACCAGUGGUAGCAUGGAAGCCCUAAAUCUGACACAGUUACGCAAGAGAGCAUCCAUCCCCACAUCUUUAACUGCCUUGUCUCUGGCAAGUUCAUCUCCUCCUGUCAGUGGACGUUCUACUCCAAAACUCACCUCUCGCAGCACAGCUCAGGACCUUGAUCGGAUAUGCAGUAUGACUCUGCCAAGUGAUUUGAGGAAACACCGGAGGAAAUUACUUUCACCAGCUGGUCGAGAUGAGAGUCGAGAAGAUAAAACGACCAUCAAAUGUGAGACUUCUCCUCCUUCUUCACCCAGGAGCCUCAGACUGGAGAAACUUGGACAUCCUGCUUUUAGUCAAGAUGAAGGCAAGAGUUCUCUAGAGGAUCAAGCAAGUAACCCCAGCAGCAGUAAUAGCAGCCAGGAUUCACUGCAUAAGGGCUCCAAGAGGAAAGGCAUCAAAUCUUCAAUUGGACGCUUGUUUGGAAAGAAAGAAAAAGGGCGCUUAAUCCAGCUGAGUAGAGAAGGCACUACUGGACAAGUUUUGCUAACAGAUUCAGAAAUGAACAUACAGGACUCGCUUGGUCUUGGCAAGCUAGGAGCACAAGCAGAAAAAGAUCGACGACUCAAAAAAAAGUGAGGGAAGUCGUAUUUACUUCUUCAUAAAUAUUGUAGCAAUUAGUGGAAAUUUAUGUCUUCAUUUGGGUAUACUCUUGAUGAAUUGCGGCUUUGGGUGGGCAUGCCUGCCUGGUAUGUUGCAGCUUGCAGAGCUAAUGUGAAAAGCGGUGCAAUUAUGUCUGCCUUGUCAGAUACAGAGAUCCAGAGGGAAAUUGGAAUUAGUAAUGCCCUUCACAGGUUAAAACUGCGCUUGGCAAUCCAGGAAAUGGUGUCUCUCACAAGCCCUUCUGCUCCACCCACCUCCAGAACAACUCUGGCUUAUGGGGACAUGAACCAUGAAUGGAUAGGGAAUGAAUGGCUUCCUAGUCUAGGUCUACCACAGUAUCGCAGUUACUUCAUGGAAUGUCUUGUGGAUGCACGAAUGUUGGAUCAUCUAACUAAAAAAGACCUUCGAGUACACUUGAAGAUGGUAGACAGUUUCCAUCGAACAAGUCUCCAGUAUGGGAUUAUGUGCCUCAAAAGACUGAAUUAUGAUAGAAAGGAGCUGGAGAAGAGGCGGGAAGAAAGCCAGCAUGAAAUCAAAGAUGUGCUGGUCUGGACAAAUGAUCAAGUAAUUCACUGGAUUCAAUCCAUUGGACUUAGAGAAUAUGCCAACAACAUCAUUGAAAGUGGAGUCCAUGGUGCACUUAUUGCUCUGGAUGAAAAUUUUGAUUAUAAUAGUCUGGCACUUAUUUUACAAAUUCCCACUCAGAAUACACAGGCACGACAGGUGAUGGAGAGAGAAUUCAACAAUCUUCUUGCCUUGGGUACUGACAGACGACUUGAUGACGGUGAAGACAAAACUUUUCGGCGAACUCCUUCUUGGCGAAAACGCUUCCGCCCUCGAGACUUUCACAGUAUCACCAUGGUUAGUGGGUCAGCAGAAACUCUUCCAGCAGGUUUUCGAGUGACCUCUUUGGUGCCUCUGCCACCUCCUUCAGCACCACCGAAGAAAAUGCCACCAGAAGUUGGUGCACCUGGGUCCCAAAGGCUGGAAACAUCCACAGUUCGGACAUAUUCCUGCUGAAAUGCAAUUUCCAGUGGGAAUUGGCCAAGGCUCCAGCACAUUCCCACUAUCUUUAUGGUUAUAUGCUGGCUGCUUUCCGGGAGUAGGAGAUUAUGCCUGCUUCUUUAGCUCCAAAGAACAGAAGCUACUGGUCAAUUGUUUUAGGCCUCAUGGCCAGCAGAACUUUCUUUCUCUUGCUUGUAUACAACCCUCUGAUCUCCUGUUUGGUAUCCUUAAAUCCCAAUUAAAUAUUUUCCCUCAGCUUUAAAGAUACCCUCAUUUGAGAAAGAGAACAGGUUUCUCUGUCUCUAAGUCUGCACUAUGUAUGACACAAUGAUUUUGACAUAGGUUUGGUAAGAAGUGGGUGCACCUUAAUGCUGGCCUGCAGCAGUUCUUGCACCAUUGUCUGCCUGUGCUACACUCUGCCAUUAUGCCUGAGGGCAGCUGAAGCUGCUUGUUCCUACUGUACAGUUUGGACCUAAUCAGACAAUCACCAAGAAACAAGGCAAAUGAAGAUGGGAAAGCCCAGCUCUGAACUCUUCCUCAGGUGCAUUGGGCUUCUGCUGGACCUUCUCAUCGCGCCACAAGACCAUAGACAACAUAGGUCCUCAGUUAAGAAAUACCCAGGCUAGAAACAAAAUGGACUGGUGCUUGAUGGAGAGAAGGGAGAGGUUGGUUACCAAGCAGGUUUUGUAUGGGCUUUUCUUAGAUCCCAUGUUCAUGUAUAGAAGAAAAUUAAACCCGAUGCUGGGAAAGCAGAACAUGUUCUUGGACAUCUCUUUUGGCUAUACCAGGAAUACUCUUAUCUUUUCCACAUAGACAGACAGAAAAUUCCCCUUCCUUCUCUCUGCAUCUACAGGUAGCCUGUGAUCCCCCCAAAAUUUUAGCUGUUACUAUUUCUCUCUCCUAGGGUAGGAUCUGUUUGUCUCUUCAUGAUGCCUUUUGCCUUGUGUGCCCCCCUAUUACUGAUGUGGUAUUUCUUGGUGGCUGGAAUGCCAUAUAUUCAUACAGUGCUGUUUGAAAGUGCAAUAUCCAAGAGACUGUACAGUUGCAAUGUCUUUUUUGGUGUACGACUUGCCUAAUACAGUAUUAAAUAUUUUUUUAAUUUACAGAGUAAGUGAUCCCU